AUGGCUCUGAAUUCCCACUAUAUCAAUCAGCUGGGCUCGUCUUGGGCGAAGUCUAGGAUCACACUUCUCUUGCUGUCCAUCUUGGCACAACUUGGCCAUGCGCAAACAGCCCCGGAUAGUGGCCAUUUGAGCUCCAACAUCCCACGUCCCCCACAGGCGCCAUAUGUGUUCAACGACUCGGCCGAUUCCAUCAAUCAGACCAUAUCUAAGAACAUUGCGCUCCAGAAGGCUAUGGUGCAGAGUAUCCUGGACAAUGUGAGCCCGGACAACGCCACGUUCGAUAAUACCAUUCUCCCAUAUCUUCGAUACGAGAACGAGGAUGGUGUUGGAAGUCUGCCUUUGGGCACUUAUAGCCUAGGCACCAAACCCGAAGUGAACGAAGCCAUAGGCACCGCACUAGGAAAUGCUCGGGAUGUGGACGACCAAGUUCGCAACAACGAGGACUUAUUCCGAUUGAUAGACAGCGUAUAUCAGAAAUACGCCAACGACUCCUCACUCAACGAAGAAGAGCAAAUCGCCCUCAAAAGCGCAUGGUUCCAAUUCGCGCAAUCCGGUCUGAACGUCACAGCUGGCGAACAACGCGACCGUUUCUUCCAACUCGACGAGCGUUUGUCAAACAUUACCGACGAAUUCAGCUCCAAUCUGGCCAAGGAUGUGGCUGAUGUCUACUUCACACCCGAAGAGCUCGAAGGCGUGCCCAUGGAAAUCCUGCAGACUUAUGAGAACAUCACGACGGGUGAGAAUGCCGGGAAGCUGAAAGUGGACGUUGGUCUUCGUUCUCGCUACCCUACUAUUAUGAAUAAUGCGAUCAAUGAGACUACGAGGUAUACUACAUUCUUGACGGCGCAACGCAAGUCUCCGGAGAAUGUUCCUCUGGUGCAGGAAGCUGUUGAUGUGCGGUUGCAAUAUGCGCAGGUUUUGGGUUAUCCUAGUUAUGCUGCUUACGCGCUUGAUGGAUCGAUGGCGGAGACAGUAGAAGUGGUGAAUGAGUUUUUGGCAGAUAUUGGCUCCAGGGUUGCGCCUUUGGGCCAACGGGAGCUGGAAACUCUCAAUGAGCUCAAGUCGAAAGACGAGAAGCUGGUGAGUCCGGUGGGUGAUGGAGGUAUAGCCUAUUGGUGGGACAAAUUGUACUACGGAGAAGUCGAACGCAAAACCAAUUACGAUGUGGACGAAAACCAAGUUACUGCGUACUUUCCCGCAAAUACCACUGUUCCGGCCAUACUGGAAUUCUAUGGCGAAAUCUUCGGUUUGAAAUUCUACAAAAUCGAGGGCGAGGAUGCUGAUGAGUUAUCCCCAUCCGGCAAGGGUAGCGAUCUCGUAUGGCAUCCCGAUGUCAUGAUGUACGCCGUAUGGGACAAUCAGGAGUACAUGGAAAAGUACCAAGUGACCGACACUGGAUUCCGCGGCUAUCUCUACCUCGACCUCUUCUACCGCGAAGGCGUCAAGAGCGGUGGAGGGGGAUACAUGCAGCCCAUCCAGUACGGCUUCCAAAAAGAAGACGGCUCCUACUUCGCCUCCUCCUGUUCAGUGAUUCUCAAUUUCCAAAAAUCCAACGAUACCAUCAAACCCUCCCUAUUCAAACACGCCGACGUCAGCAGCGUCAUGCACGAACUCGGCCACACCAUGCACAAUUUCCUCAGCCAGACGACCUUCAGCCGUACCCACGGCACCGCAGGCGUCCCCUCAGAUUUCCUCGAAUUCCCAUCUCAACUAAUGGCAAACUGGGCCCGCGUCCCUCAAACUCUCCAACGCAUCAGUAAACACUGGUCCUCCUUUUCCUCCGAAGCCGCUUCCGCUUGGAGAAGCGAACAGCAACUCGAUCCAACUUCUGCUUUACCCCCAGCUACCAUGUCUGACGAUUUGAUUGCCAAAGUUAUCAAUUCCACUCAACUUCUCGGCGGUUUGGAUACUCUUCGUCAGAUUUGGUUCGCUUUGUACGAUCAAAAUCUCUCCCAACUCACUUCUUCUGACGAAGCGAAAUCUCUCGAUGUUACGAUUUUGUACAAUACUCUCGGUCGCAAUGUUACUAUGAUUCCCGACCCUUCCGAUCUUCCCAGUACUAGUCCUCAAAGCGACAACGAUAACAACAACAACAACAACAACAACAACAACAACAACAACGACCCCAACAAAUGGGGCCACGGAGAAUCCACAUUCUCCAACAUCCAAGACCGGUAUGCGGGUACAUAUUACGCCUAUCAAUGGUGUUUGGUGUAUGCAGAGGAUGUAUUUUAUUCGGCCUUUGUGGAUGAUCCGUUUAGUAGCGAGGUGGGAAUGCGCUUUCGGACGCAGGUGUUGCAGCCUGGAGGCGCGAGGGAUUUGAAGAGGAUUUUGGAAGAGUUUUUGGGGAGGGAGGGGUUGGAUUUGAGGGGUUAUGAGAGGUAUUUGGGGAUUGGGAGUUGA